GCAAUCUGCAGUUAAAUGAUAGGUGCCAUAUUCAGGACAGAGUCAUCCGUUUCCAUUCUUUCCUCCUCGUUGCGCCCACAAGCAGGUGAUCCGGUGACAAAUUUGUCUUCGUUACUAGAAAAUAAAGAUCGUAUUCAGCGAAGUUUUAAGGCAGCCGCUCCCCAUCUUCCCAUAGUAAAGAUGGAGGCGCCCUGAAUGUAAACUACAGGUAAUACCACUUCCGUAUUUCUCUUGUGCCCUGGUCUAAGAUGGCGGACGAGGCCACCCGGCGUGUCGUGUCUGAGAUCCCGGUGCUGAAGACCAACGCCGGACCUCGAGAUCGGGAGUUGUGGGUGCAGAGACUCAAGGAGGAAUAUCAGUCUCUUAUACGGUAUGUGGAGAACAACAAGAAUGCGGACAAUGACUGGUUCCGACUGGAGUCCAACAAGGAAGGGACUCGGUGGUUUGGAAAAUGCUGGUACAUCCAUGACCUCCUCAAAUAUGAGUUUGACAUCGAGUUUGACAUUCCUAUCACAUAUCCCACUACUGCUCCAGAAAUUGCAGUACCUGAACUAGAUGGAAAAACAGCAAAGAUGUACAGGGGUGGCAAAAUAUGCCUGACUGAUCACUUUAAGCCUUUGUGGGCCAGGAAUGUGCCUAAGUUUGGACUAGCUCAUCUCAUGGCUCUAGGGCUGGGUCCAUGGCUGGCAGUGGAAAUCCCCGAUCUGAUUCAGAAGGGAGUGAUUCAGCAUAAAGAGAAAUGCAGCCAAUGAAGGAUCAAGCCACUGAGGCAGGACAGAGGGACCUUUGAUAGGCUACUGUUCCUGUUUUCCUGUGCAUCAUUCUUCUUACUCAUCUAACUGCUUCCCCUCAUACCUCUUCACCCAUAAUUGUUACUAAGUAGCUGCAGCAGACACUGCUGAAAAAAAAAAAAAAACAGCACUGCCGCUGAAUUUCUUAAGUUGGGCUACCCAGGAAGAGGAAAGACUACGGCCUUGAAAAACCAAGAGGCAAUUUAUAUCCCUUCCCUAGGUGGAGCACUGCGAGGUCUAGAGGGAUAGGGGGGGACCAAAAGUGGGUACAUAGUCUUUCUGGUUUCUGGAGAUAACUCAUCAAUAAAAGCUGCUUUCUCUGGUG